AUGGCUGUGGGGGUGUUGUUGGGAUUGUCAAUAUUGCUUGAUUUAUUGGGAAGUUCGAGAUUGGAGAAUAACAACCUUAAGGUAAUUGCGAUCUACAUGAGUUUUUGUUGUAAAUAUUUGGGCAUUUGGUUUUUGGGCUAUUCAGGUGGAGUGAGUUUCUUGGUUUAGGGGAUAAUGUGUUAAGCCUUGAAAUGCAAGAGUAUUUUUGAUCACAUGUUUUUAUAUGAGUUGAUUGGAAUGUUCGGAUUAAUACUGAAUAUUUUCAACUAGGAGAGAAUUGUCAUGGAGAAUAGAGCAAUAUUGGGGAUAGAAGCAGGGAUCGCCUUGUUAUUUUUGAUCCAAUUUUGUAAGAUAAUGACUAAGAAGUGUUCAGGUCAUAGAAAACACAAUUUAAUCCAGAAUCAAGUGAUAAUGGAUAUGAUAGCCAAUCACAAGUUGAAAUAGGAUUACGAGUCGACUCCUUGUCAGUCACCUCGAUCAAACCUUCAGAAAUUAUUCUAAUAUAAUAAUUUCAUUAUUUUUAAGGAGGAUUUGGAGAUUGUGGAAAGUAAUUUCGAUCUUAAAAUUCAUUGGAUAAACGAAUCUUCUCCCAACAACAAUAUUUUAAUAGAAUAAUUUCUGUACUUGUAGGUGAUUUCUUCAAAUUUUGGGGAGAGUGAACAGAUAUACAGCAUCAAAGAAUUCAUUUUGAAAUUCAAAGACAAUUUAAAGACACAAUUUGCAUCAUUCAUAAUUUCAAAGAGUCAAGUUUUUGAUUUGGAGAAUGUGACAUUAAAUUUGAUGCCAUUUCAACGGGAUGAAGGUUAUAACUUCAUAGUUACAUUUUCCUAUUUAAGUCAAUCGUUGAUCAAGAGAUUAAAAGAUGACAGCAACAAUCAAGUGUUGAUGGACAUCAGUCGAUCUCUGUCUCAUGAACUAGGCACCAAUCUAAAUAGUAUUAUGGUAUUCUCAAGUUUGGCUAUGCAUGAUGAUGAGGUUCCUGAAUUGGUCAAGCAGAAGUACAUUUAGUCACUAAAAAUCAAUAGUGAGCAACUCGGCUUAAUUGUAAGUAAUAUACGAGAUUACAAUUUAAUAAGUUUGUAAUAAUUCAAUCUAAAACUAGAGGAAUUCAACAUCAAUGAUGAAGUCAAGUAAAUUGAGAAUCUUUUGAUUGAUACCAUUAAAAAUAAACAGAUCAAUGUAGUACAUGAUUACUAAUUGAGCAACUCUAAUAUUAUCAAUGAUAGACAAAGAUUUCGAUAAGUGUAUUUUCAAUUUUUGCAUAAUGCUGUUAAAUUCACAACCAGAAAUGGUACUAUACGUAUUAAAAUUGAAAGCAGCAGAUCAUAAUGUUAAAUAGCCAUAUAAGAUUCUGGACCUGGAUUAUCUGAAGAGGAGAUGGCCAGAAUGUAGAAUAUUCUCAUAGGCAAGAAUCAAUUCGUAUAGAUUUCACCUCAUUCAGUUGGAAGUGGCUUGGGAAUUGGCAUUUCAAAUAGUAUAGUGAAGAGAUUGAAUGGUCAAAACAUCCCAAUACUUUGCGAUCAGAAGGGAAAAGGAACCACUUUUACGUUUUUGAUCAAGAACCAUCUGCAUGAGAUGAGCAAUUACGAUAACAAGAAAUCGAUAGAACUCAGAUCAAGCAAAUCCAUCAUUAGACUUAUUUCUGGUAAUUCAUACAUCGAGUCUCCAUUCAGUAGUUCAGUUAAAUUUAUACUUCCAUCCAUUAGUAAAAGCAGCGAUCAAAUAAAUUUCAAGAGUUCCAUUGUGGAGGAUGAUAAUGUUCUAAAACAACCCAAAUUGUUGUUGGUCUAGGAUCAAGGAUCCAUACCCAUCAGUGAGGAUGAAUUCGUGAUUGUACAAGAACCAAGAAAUAUGAAUCCCAAAUUCCAGUAUGAAAUUAUCGAAUGCUCCAUUUAAAGUAAUUGUUGUUCAAGAGUGUUGAUUGUUGAUGACGAGUACUUUAACAUUUUGAGUCUAUAGCUGUUGAUGUAGAAGCAUAGAGCGAAAUGCGAUUAUGCGUACAAUGGAAAAGAGGCACUCAAUAAGAUUCACCUACCAGAAAUUGGCUCUAGCUUGUCACAUCUUCUCAUCUUCAUAGACAUCAAUAUGCCCGUCUUGAAUGGAUACCAGACAGUCAAGGAAAUCAAGAGUCUCAUUUAGAACAAAACUAUCAGGAGAGCGUGGUGUGUUGCCAAUACUGGAUUCACUGAUCUUGAUACUAAGAUAUAGUCAUUCAAUUCUGGAAUGGAUUACUUUCUCACAAAACCAUUGGAUGCAAAGAACCUCCAUGAUUUAAUUGUUUAAAUGUUUCCACUACAUAAAUGA